AUGCCCCUAGCCCUGUGCCCUCUUAAAAGGAGUUUUGAGUCGCCCUUUGAGGAAAAACCAGUUGUUGCUUUGCCCAACCUGCAGGGUACCAUGAUGGACCUGAGCCACAGCCUCGUCCUCAACGAAGAGGCUCUAGCUCAGAUCCCGGAGCAGAAGCGACCCGUCUUCAUAUUCGAGUGGCUGCGGUUCUUGGACAAAGUCCUCGUCGCAGCUCAGAAGGUAAGUCAUCCUAUACAAUAA